AUGAGUGACAGGCAGUCGGCCUGCGACGCUGCCCAUCUCUCAGAAUGGGGUCAACCCGCUCGAAGUAUUGAGCCUGUGCCCUGGGCCUGCCUUUGCUCCAAAGUGCUGCUUGCCACUGUCCUGGGGUUGAUCGGCCUUUUCUACAUGCGGCUGUCCCGUGCUAACUCCAACAACCGAUCAGCAAGAGAGCAUGAAGGCAUGUCCUGGCAGAUGCUUACAGCGCUCGGCAUCACCAUGGCCUUGGAUUUCUUCUGCACCGAUCAGUAUCAGCCAAGCAUGCCGGACAUGGCCGCCGAGUUUGGCGUCGACUCUGUGGUGAUGGGUUCCACAAUUCAACUACACCUCUUUACCAGUGCUUUCGGGAUGCUGUUUCUCGGCCCUCUCUCAGAUCGAAUUGGCCGUCGGCCCCUGAUUUUGGGGAGCCAGGUGCUGCUGGCGGCCAGUACGCUGUGCUGCGCCUGUGCCGACACAUUUCUGGCCUUCGCAGCAGGUCGCGUCUGCCAGGGUCUUGCCGCUGGUGUGCUGCCUGUCAUUCUUGCAACGCUCCCAGACUGCUACUCUGACCUGAAGGAACGUGCCAAAAAGCAGAGCUUCCUCACGCUAAUGAUGAUGCUAGGUCGCACGCGAACGCUUCGCCAUGUCCCUGCCGCGGCUCGCUAUUUGUGGGGCCGGGUCCUGGCCAAGGCGGUGGCGGCUGCUGUUCACUGCAACGACCUUCGGGCAUGGACUGAGCUUCUCAUGCUGCCACAGUGUGUUCUGGGAGCACCGCCUAGGGCUGGACGCAAGCAUCGGCGGACGGCGGCGGCCUACACUGUUGACCGCCUCCAACGCUGGGCGGAAGGAGAGCGCAGAACGUUGUGGGAUGACAGGGGCCAGCCGCCGCGGUAUGCCCCCCGUGCUUUGGAUGAUGAGCAGAAGCGAAGCCUUGCUACAGCUUUGGCGCGGGAAGGGUUUGAUCGCAAAGCUUGUAACGCCCUCCUGGCCACGGGACUGUGCCCUGACAACCACGACACUGUUGCUGCGCUGCGGGCCCUCCACCCUGUUCAAACCAUGCCUGCCGUUGACAUUGAUGGGCUGCCCCUGGCCUACGAGGUGCCCUCGGAGCUUGUCGCCCGCACUCUGCGCCGCUGGCCCGUGCGGGCUCCGGGCGCUACGGAGCACUUGCUGGAGCAUCUCACUUCCAUGGUUAACCUCUUGGCGCAGGGACGUGCUUGCGCAGCUGUGGCCCCGGUCUUGGCUGGCGCUGGUUUAGUGGCGUUGCCGAAGCCGCGUGGUGGCGUGCGCCCCAUAGCCGUGGGCGAGGUGCUCCGGCGACUCACGGGCAAAUGCCUCAUUGACUUGGCACGGGAUGAGGCGAAGGUCUUCUUUUGGCCCGGGUUGCAGUGCCGGCUGGCGCUGAAGCUGCUGUUCAUGCCACCCCUGGACUUCACCAACGCCUUCAACACCGUCUCCCGGCAGCAGGUUGUCAGUCAGGCCGUCACGCACUUCCCCGGCUUGGCGAGAUGGGUGGGCUGGACUUAUCGACGACCAACGGCCCUGCAGUUUGGAGCCGCCACCACCGUGCAUUCUGCCGGAGGGGUGCAACAGGGCGACCCGCUAGGCCCCCUGCUCUUCUCCGCCGUGCUGCAGUCCCUCGCUACUGAGCUACGUGCCAUGCCCUUGGACCUGGCCUUCUUCUACCUGGAUGACGGCGUCCUCGCUGGUGAUGUGCCGGAGGUUGUUCGUGCUCUGCAGCAUGUCCAGCGGCGGGCAACAGAACUUGGCCUACAGCUCAACCUCUCCAAGUGCGAGGUGGUUGGGGCAGGCCUGCUGUCCGAGUCUGCUUUAACCAGGGUGUUGCCUCAGUCGCUCCUCUACGCCAGUGACGGAAGCAGCCGGUUCCAGCGAAACUUUGAACUUCUUGGCGCCGCCAUCGGAGACGAGGACUUCACUGCUUCACACUGCUUGGCUCGGGCAAAGGCAGCCGCCCCGCUUUUGGAAGCUAUUAGCGGGCUCGAGGACUCUCAGGUGAGCUUGCGGCUGCUUGGGUCGUGUGCGGGCCACGCCCGCCUCGUGCACUCCAUGCGAUGCACGCCGCCCGCGAGCCAGCUGUCUGCCCUGCACCAUUUUGACUCCUCAGUUAGGGAAUGUUUCGCCGGUUUCACGGGCCUGCAUUUGGACGCGACUCAGCUGGAGCAAGCGUCGCGAGACUUCGCCCAUGCCGGCCUGGGGCUUCGGUCUACUGCUCGGGAUGCGCCUGCCGCCUACCUGGCUUCUGUCGGAGGGAGCUACAAAGCCUGUUGUGAGCUCGAUGCCUCCUACGGCCUUGCUCCUCUCAGCAGUGACCCCUACGUGGUGCACGCGCUCGCCGCCUUCAACGACUUUCUGGCCCAACCCCUGGCCGCGGAUGGUGUGCUGGCUUCCAGGCAGAAAAUGCUCAGCACUGCCGCUGAUGAGGCCAGCUGGCAAAGGCACUUGGCCACCUCGUCCCUCGCUGCCCGUGCUGUCCUGCGAUCUGAGGCGGAGCCCGGAGCACGCGCCUUCCUGGCAGCCGUUCCGAGUGGCCCAACCCGCAUGGAGUCAGCGGCCUUUAUCGUGGAGCUGCGGCAACGUUUUGGAGCCCCCGACGCUGCCUCAGACACCUGGUGUCCGCUGUGCCAGGGCGUGCUCGACACUCACUCCUUGCAUGCCAGCACCUGCGCGGCCGGUGGUGAGCGAACACAGCGACACCAUGCCCUCCGUGAUGCUUUGUGCAACUGGGCCGCCAGGGCAGGGCUGCAGCCUGAACGAGAGCGGCCGGGACUUCUGCUUCCCCAGCGCCCUGAGGAGGCCCGCGUCGCUGCAAGGCGCCCAGCCGACAUAUAUUUGCCCAGCUUCCAGGGCUCUCCCGUCGCACUUGACCUGGCCGUAGUGGCCCCACAGCGUCAGGAGAGUCUGGCCCAAGCUGGACAGGUUGCGUUGGCUGCCGCGUCUUCCUACACCCACACCAAGGAAACACACCUAGAUACGGCCAAGCUGUGCUCAGCCCAAGGUGUGCGGUUCAGACCGUUGGUGGCAGAGGCUACUGGGGCCUGGACUCGGGAUGCCUCUACAGUCCUGCUGGCCGUUUCCAAAGCCGUGGCGGUCCGGACCAACCAAGAAGCAUCGCUCCUGCAUGCGCAACUCCUGCAGGAGCUCAGUGUCAUAGCCCGAGGCCACAGAGCUCGGGCAGUGCUCAGGCACCGGGCGGAGGCGAGCGAGCACGCGUAG